AUGUCCGAUACAUACCUGAACUUGACCAAUACCAUAUUGCCAGGUACUUCCUCAGUAGAGGCAGCUUUGGACUUCAUUCACAAACAUCUUGACGCUCCUUCUUUGAACCAUGUCAUUCGAAGCGCACUAUUCGCGAGCAUCAUAGCACAGAAUCUUUCUGGAACAACGGUCGAGACUCACCUUCAGCCCAUCGAUAUAGAGAUAGUCGCUGUCGCAACCUUGCUGCACGACAUGGCUUGGAAUCCUCUUCUCGCCUCAACUCGGCAAUUCAUCAGCAAGGAUAAGCGCUUCGAGGUAGACAGUGCGAACGUCGCGCGAGGUUUCUUGAAAGGCCUGCAAAAUGAGCAUGGCUGGGAUCAGCGUCGCCUUCAGUUGGUCUGGGAUGGCAUUGCUUUACAUACAACACCUAGCAUCAGUUGGCACAAGGAGCCAGAGGUUGUGCUUUGUGGAUAUGGCAUUCUCCUAGACAUUGUUGGCGUACCCGAGAUGCCAUUGCCGGGUGUGCCUCAAGGUUCUGGUGUUCCGCGGGAAAAGUUUGAAGAGAUAUACACGCAUUUUCCCAGUCUUAAAUUGGCAGGAUAUGUGAAAGACGCCUUGUGUGCUUUGUGCCGAGAAAAGCCUGAGACCACAUUUGACAAUUUCGUCGGAGAUUUCGGUGAAGAGUAUGUUGAGGGCUUUACUUUGGUAGGUGAGCGAAUGGUUGACAGGUUGAAGGUCCGUGAGCAGGCCGAGACAGAUGGCCAAGGCAAAUGA